UCCGCCAUCACAGUCUCCACCACCGCUGUUCCUUCCAGCCGCGAACGAUGCAAAUGAAGCCAAGUUACCCCAGCUCAGGACAGGAGUUCUCGUCUCUUCUCUCUAUUACACUCUGGGAGAAGGAAGUGGGAAGAGGAAACAGGCCUCCACGCCCGUCCCUCGGGCCUUUUCCUUUGCCUCUCCAGCCCUCACCACACCCCCUACCCCCACCCAGGCGGAAACGAAGCCACAUUCGCCCUGAGAGAGGCGGAGCCACCUAACUCUAGUCCGGUUCUCGCGAGUCCUGGAACUCUCGCGAGAUCCAACGCCCGACUUGUGCGCCCGGGAAACCCCGUCGCUCCCUUUCCCCUGGCUGGCAGCGCGGAGGCCGCACGAUGCCUGGAGUUACUGUAAAAGACGUGAACCAGCAGGAGUUCGUCAGAGCUCUGGCAGCCUUCCUCAAAAAGUCCGGGAAGCUGAAAGUCCCAGAAUGGGUAGACACAGUCAAGCUGGCCAAGCAUAAGGAGCUGGCUCCCUACGAUGAGAACUGGUUCUACACACGAGCUGCUUCCACAGCACGGCACCUGUACCUCCGGGGCGGCGCUGGGGUUGGCUCUAUGACCAAGAUCUACGGGGGACGUCAGAGAAAUGGCGUCAUGCCCAGCCACUUCAGCCGAGGCUCCAAGAGUGUGGCUCGCAGGGUCCUGCAAGCCCUGGAGGGGCUGAAAAUGGUGGAAAAGGAUCAAGAUGGAGGCCGCAAACUGACACCUCAGGGACAGAGAGAUCUGGACAGAAUUGCCGGACAGGUGGCAGCUGCCAACAAGAAGCAUUAGAACAAAUUAUGCUGGGUUAAUAAAUUGCCUCAUUCGUAA